AUGGAUUCAAACCAGGAAAAUAGUAAUAACCAUAGUUACUAUAACUACCAAGUCCCAGAUCUGAUGGUAAUGAACCAUAACAUGACGCGUGUGCAGAGCGAUCCAGAGUACCUGAGAGAUCUAGGAAACGCAAAAACAUACCGCGAUGAUAUCUACUUCUCGACGGAGGAUUUCGAAGAGGAUUACUCAGAUCACUUCAUGACGAAGGGGAUCAAGGAACUGGUGGAGAGCAUCCAUGCACAAGAUGAGUACAGGUACGCAAACUACGCAACAACGUCAAAUCUUUUUCAAAAAUACCUGGAGACAAUGACGAACCUGAAGGACCUAUUGCUACCGAAAUCAGACGGAGGCUUCCACGAAAAAUGGAUUGAAAUAGCAGUGGAGUUUCAAAGAAACUGCGAAGAAAUAUUCCUGAGAUACGCGAAACAGGAAUAUAUACUAACGUUCCUGCCAAUGGUGCCAAGGCAACUGGAGUACACGUCAAUGAAACUUAAGGAAUUGGGACUAAGGACGGAAAGAGAACAGGAAAACUUUAAGAACUUGUACAGCCUAAUAGCACUGGGAUUCAUAGGAAAAAUGAAACUGUUGUCGUUCUACCUAAGCCUAACAUCAGAAGGAGAACAGAGUAAACAGAAAGGAAUAAUAGAUCCAGAAAUGGAAAUGAUGAAAGCAAAUCAAAUAGUAAAUUACCAAAACCCAUACAGGCAAAUAAUAAACAGUAAUACGUUUGAUACAAUGAGGUACGAAGGACAAUACCCACAGAACCAGAUUUAUGAAAUGGGAGAAAGGUACGAAGGAGUUGAAGACAACUUCAAUGGAGAAAAGUCACAAAGCUACAGAGGAAGAAGAUCAGAAAGAACGACCAGGAACAUGGGAGGAUACAACUAUAAAUUGAGAGACGACAACGGAGACCAAGUGAACAUGUUAAAUGAACAGGAUAGUAAAAAUAGAGGAUAUAUGAUGUACAGAGAGGAUAUAUGUAUAAAAGCAACAUGUUAA